GAAUGAAUUGGUGAAUUUCGAUGACCACCUCACGGAGGGUGCUGUGGCCUGCGCGCUGUCUCACCACGCGGCGCUUCAGAAAGUGGCAAACGACUCUUCGGCAGAUUGGGGCCUUAUUUUGGAGGAUGAUGUGUCCUUGGUGGUGCCGGACGUUGACAGGUCCAUUUCGACCAUACUCGAGCAGCUGCCUGCUCACUGGAGUGCUGUGUUUCUGGGCUACCAUAACAAGUACGGCUGCCCACAUCGGCGGUCUGCCAACUCCUCCUAUCAGCGCUCUGACGAGUGGGCAGAGGAGGAGCCCGAGGUGGAGCCCGUCUUUGAGAUCCACGACCACAACUGGGGGCUCUAUGCCUGGAUGGUCAAGAAGGAAGCGGCGCGACUUCUGGUAGAAGAGCUCUUCCCGAUCAGCAGCCAAGUCGACUAUGCGAUUUCGAGAUUCCUCAUCACCCA